UCAGCUUACAUGUGUUCCUGGACGAGGGUACGAACUGCGCAUCUGGUACUUUUUAUGACAUGUCUUUGAGGGGUCCCAUGGAGAGGAUUGACUGCACGAAUGAUCCAUCGCCACCAAGUGGCACAUACUUGACACUGAGCUUUGGGCUGUCAGAGGGGGAACGAGAACUCGUUGUCUGUGAUCCUAUUCCCUUAGGCAGAGUUUAUGAAGGGGGCUGUGGAGAAGCUCCAAGAGGUCGGGGUUGGAUUCAGCUGACGUUAGACGGCUACGAGUUGGAUGACAAGGCCACCUACGCAUGCGCGGAAGGCUAUCAUCUUGUGUCACCGGGUCACACGGCUGUCUGUGACAGUCACCGAGACUGGACAGGGCCUGAGCUAGUGUGUUCAGAUGAAAUCAAUUGGGUCAAAGGCGGCGGUGCGUACCAAGACGGCAAUGUAUCAACCUGCGGAGGGCCAAUCAACGCUCUCCCCUUCUCAAAGGCCAUUCCCCUUACUCAGCUGGUAGAGGUCCGGGCGGUGACUAUUUCCUUUGAAGCGCCACCGGGUGAGCUGCCUACAUUCAUCGUGUCCUACCUAGACCAAGCCGGGCAACCUCAGAAGUUUUGCUCUCACAAUGAGAAAAAAGACAAUCACACCUUCUUUAUCCAGUGUAACAAAUACCCUCUCACGCACCAAGUCACUGUCACCAUAGAAACUGUGGCCACUACGAGCCUAUGUGAGGUCAAAGUCUUUGGUGAACCUUUCGUGGAAGCUCUGGAAUGUAUCCGGACGCCCUCAGGAGAAGAUUACAAAGGGCAUCUCAAUAAGACUGGUCCAGAAGAUUGUUUAAUGUGGGACCAGGUCUCUACCUCCGGGACACUCAUGUUUCCAGAUGGUUCUGCAACUGCUGCAAAAAACUAUUGCAGGAAGCCACAGGGUGGGCCCAGCAUUAACUUCCCAUCGUGCUAUAUACAGACAAGCUCAGGGCAGGAAUUGACUAUGUGCACAUUACUCCGAUGCCACAAGAUAUGCCGACGUAUGGAGGACGGGUCAGAUUACGCGGGAAAACUGUCGGACACUGGCGCAAGACCAAGUCAGGCAAGCGACAGCUGUAUAGUAUGGAAUAAAUCUCAGAUGAGACGAAUCACAGAUUUCCCGUCAGGGAAUCCAGGCGCUACUGGGCCCUUCUGUCGGAAUCCAGGCCGGUCACAAGAGCGUGCAUGGUGCUACACGAGUGCCAGCCCUCUGAAUUACGCCUAUUGCCACGUUCCACAGUGUCCUGUGUCGUCACGUGUUCAUCACCUGGACUUCGAUCUUGACAACGAAACAGACGUCGAACAGCUAAAUACUUCUGUUGCAGAAGUGCGAGAGUGCAUGGAUGAAAAUGGUGGUCAAAGGUACACUGCCCCCAUCUUUGACUCUAUUAUGAACAUGAUAUGCCCCCAAUUUAGAGGUCAACACAAACAGCUGACGUGUCACGUGGCGAAUGACCGAAGUCAAGACAGCAGUUUUGGGGAUGAGGCUAAGUGGAUUCGCCUCUUUUACCGAUGUGCCCCAGAUGAAAUUACAACAGCAGAGCCUGAGGUAACAACAGCGCCGAUCAACGUAACAACAGCGCCGAUCAACGUAACAACAGCGCCGAUCAACGUAACAACAGCGCCGAUCAACGUAACAACAGCGCCGAUCAACGUAACAACAGCACCAAUCAACCCAACGACAGCUAACCCCUUUGUAACCACAAGCAGCAACAGCAACAAUAGUGGUACGUCGCCCACGCUUGCCUUGUGCCCCACCUCGUGCACAUACACCUGUCGGAACUCUUCCUUCACGGACUCGCCCGCGGAGCUUCAGGCCCGACUAGAGGAGCUGCAGAACGAGCUGCUUGUCAACACGGACACGCUGUCCAAGACGGUGAGGAAAAAGAGCAGCGCUUACGACAGCCGGCCAAGCUCCACUGCCUCCGGGACCGUCGCUAUCGUCCUCCUUGCUACGGUCGUGGGAUUUCUCGUCAGUAGUGACGUCAUCAGCCUGGUGUAUCAUAUUCUCAAUGUGUGGAUGGGUCACUCCCGCCGUCCAAAAGAGAUUGUUCAGGAGACAUGACCAAUACUGCACAACGUUGUUGUAUUGUCGUAAUAGUGAUUGUAUUACUACUUGUCGUGGUGGCCAUACGCAUUUCGUGUAUGAAUAAAAGGAGGUACAGAUAUCGUUUACGUUAGAUCCCAUUUUACAACUGGUACACUUAAAGUGUUAUAUUCCUUUUCCAAUUUUAAGAAUUGAAUUCACCUUUCUUGGACAGUGUCCCAUUAUCAUUGAAAAAAA